AUGGCAAUAUUCAAUACAUUCCUCCCCCUCCUACUGUUAUGGGCUGGCUUUUCCAAUGGAGCGGAGCAAGAACCUCUUGGACUGCCCAAGACGAAGAAGCAGCCCAACAUCGUCUUCAUCCUCACCGAUGAUCAGGACCUCCAUAUGGACUCGUUAUCAUAUAUGCCGCAUUUGAAGAAAUACAUUGCCGACCAGGGAACGACCUUUCAAAAUCAUUAUUGUACCGUGGCGUUGUGUUGUCCUUCGAGGGUGAGUCUGUGGACGGGAAAGGCGGCGCAUAAUACGAAUGUUACCGAUGUUAAUCCACCGCAUGGUGGAUACCCCAAAUUCAUCUCCCAAGGCCUCAACGAUGCAUACCUCCCUCUGUGGCUACAAGAAGUCGGAUAUGGAACAUACUACGUCGGCAAGCUUUUCAAUGCUCAAACCGUCGACAAUUACGCCUCUCCCCCCGCAGCAGGCUGGACUGGGAGUGAAUUUCUCCUCGACCCAUAUACAUACGAAUACCUCAACACCACCUUCUCCCGAAAUGGUGGCAAGCCCCAGUCCUACCCAAACCAAUACAGCACCGACCUGAUCCGCGACAAAUCUUUUGCCUUUCUCGAUGAUGCCAUGACUAUUCAGCAAGAAACGAGCCAGCCCUUCUUCCUCACAAUAGCUCCAACAGCACCACAUACAAAUGUGCACAUCAAUUCCAACGUCAUUGACAACUUCACCGAACACUCCAACAUCCAACUUCCUCCCGUCCCAGCGGAAAGACACAAACAUUUAUUCCCCGGAGUAAAAGUCCCUCGAACCGAACACUUCAACCCACAAGAUCCCCACAGCGUGAGUUGGAUCUCCCGUCUGCCUCAUCAAAACUCGUCGAAUUUGGAAUACAACGACAACUUCUACCGCAAAAGACUCCAAUCUCUCCAAUCCGUGGAUGAAAUCAUCCCAGAACUCAUCGAACGGCUGGAGAAGUCUGGAAUUCUGAAUGAAACAUACAUCAUCUACUCCACGGAUAACGGCUACCACAUCGGUCAACACCGCCUACAACCGGGAAAACAAUGUGCCUUUGAAGAGGACAUCAACAUCCCCUUUCUCAUCCGCGGUUCCGGAAUCCCCCAAAACCACACCACAGAUCUAGUAACCAGUCACACAGAUCUAGCACCCACUUUCCUCUCCCUCGUAGGCGCGCAGAAGAUGCGGGAGGAUUUCGACGGGCAGGCAAUCCCUUUGUUGGAUUUGCUCGAAGCUGAGAGGAAAGAAGAGAGGAACGAACAUGUCAAUGUGGAAAUGUGGGGGAUUAUCAUGUCCGAGGGGAAAUUUGGAAGUGUCUUGUACCCGAAUCAUACGUAUAAAGCCGUGAGGGUGGUGGGGAAGGGGUAUAGUUUUUUGUAUAUGGUUUGGUGUGGUGGGGAGCAUGAGCUUUAUGAUUUGGUGCAUGAUCCCUACCAAAUAGAUAAUCUCUACUCAUCAAAUCAUUCCACCACUUUCAUCACUUUUGAGUCCGAGGAGAAUUUCACUGGGACAUCAACCACCCACCUCCGCGAGAAGAAGAAGAAGAAGAAGAGGGAGGAGAUUGAUUCACCACCCUAUCACGCCUCUUUUCCCCAAUUUUUGGACACUCCUCCUCCUCCUCACCUUGGACAUUCCUCCUCUAUAACGCACCCCGAUCCUCAGGCUCAAGAAGAGAAAUAUCCUCUAACAACCCUCCUCUCCCGCCUGGAUGCCCUCCUCCUCGUCCUGAAGAAUUGUAAGGGGAGGGAAUGUACGCAUCCUUGGGAAUCUUUACAUCCUCCCAAUACAAAUACAAAUAAUGAGGAUGAACUGAAAGUCCCGAGGAACCGGGAGGGAGAUGUUGUUGUAAGGAAUUUAAGGGAUGCAAUGAGGAAGGAAUUCGAUGGGGUUUAUGAGGGUAUUGGGGAGAAAAUUGGACGGGUGGGGUUUGAGAGGUGUGAGAAGGGGUUUAUUUUGGAGAGUGAGGGGGUUGUUUGGGAUGGUGGGAGGUUUCGUGUUUGGGGGUACUUGUUUGAUGAGGGUGGGUAG